AUGAGAAACUAUCCAACUUCUGCUCGUAGACAUCUUCGCCGAGCUCUGCUUGGUCAUCACUAUGGAGGAUUGGAAUAUCUCCCUGGUCAAGAGUACGAUGCAGCAAUUAGGGAAACACUCAAUGCCGGACUUUCAAUUACCAGUCCAGAAAUCACAGGCAUAUAUGAGCAUCUAGCAGACUACUACAACAAAGUCGGUGAUCUAUCCCAGCAAAGAGCGGUUCUGUCCAUUCUUUUUAAAAUCGUAUGCAAGCCUCCAUCCGACCAGAUUGAAUCAGCAAACGAAAAAACAAGACGACUCUCGAUUGCAAUGAAAGCUGCUCAAUGGGCGUCCGAGGCAGCCGAGUCUGCUGCAGAUAUGAAGGCAGCCAGAAUAUACUUGGAAUGGAUUGUUGAAAAUUCACUGGAUUUAAACUCGACAAGCUCUGACGAGUCUGGAUUGCCAUUGGAUGUUCAGCAAAAGGUUGUAUCUGCAGGGAGUCUCAAAUUAGCUCCAUGGGCUACACCCAGACAGAUUGGAAUGACAUUGGAGCAACUUGGACAUAUUUACUCGAAUCAAAACUUGAUCGACUGGGCUGUUCCAGUAUAUCAGCGGGCACUGGAAAUGCUUGAUCAAGACAAAGAAUUAUCGCUUUUAGAACGCCAAUGCCGAUCAGCAAUCUUGCACAACAACCUUGCAGAAUGCAUAUCAAAAUGGGAUAGCAACAAAGAAGCGUUGACACAAGCUUUACAGCUUGCUACCAUUUCCAUGCAGAUUCUUGAAAAAGUGGGGCCAUUAGGUACAUGUGGAGAAUGCGAUCCAAUUACUUAUUUUAACAUGGGGGCGAUUCUCGAUAAGCUUGGACAAAGCCAUGAAGCUGUUUCGUAUUUCAAACAAGCCUUGGCAAGGUCUCAACAUAUUGGAUUUUCACAGGGUGUAGAAAAGGCUCAACGUGCAUUGAAUAAACCAACAUGA